AUGAUCCGGCGUGCGAGCCGCCGCCUCCUCCCGGCCGUCUCUCACCACACGCGCCCGCCCCGCCGCGACCUCGCGGCCAACGCGGCGCUGCAGUGGCUCGACGACGAGCUCACCUCGCUCGCCCUCCCCGAACCCGGGCGCGGGCCCGGGGUCGACGCGCACGCGUGCGCCAGGCAGCUGCAGGGCUGCGUCGCGCGCGGCGACGCCCGCGGCGGCCGCGCCGUGCACGGCCACGUCGUGCGGGGCGGCAGCCUCGACCUCUUCUGCGCCAACGUCCUGAUCAACCUGUACGCCAAGCUCGGGCCCUUCGCCGGCGCGCGCAGGGUGUUCGACGGGCUGCCGGAGCGGAACAUGGUGUCUUUCGUCACGCUCCUCCAGGCCCAUGCGCUGCGGGGGGAGUUUGAGCCGGCGACGGCGCUGUUCCGGAGGCUGCGGCGGGAGGGGCACGAGGUGAACCAGUUCGUGCUCACCUCGGUGCUGAAGCUGGUUGUUGCCAUGGACGCUCUGGGGCUCGCCUGGGGCGUGCACGCUUGCGCGUGCAAGCUGGGCCAUGACCAGAACGCCUUUGUCGGGUCUGCGCUGAUCGACGCCUACUCCAUGUGCGGGGCUGUCGGUGAUGCAAGGCGCCUGUUUGAUCGGAUCGUGGGUAAGGAUGCCGUUGCUUGGACUGCUAUGGUUUCUUGCUAUUCUGAGAAUAACCGCCCGGAGGACGCGCUUGAGGUUUUCCGGGAGAUGAGGGUGGCGGUUUCUAAGAUCAACCCCUUUGCACUCACCAGUGUGCUCAGGGCUGCCGUGUGCUUGUCGUCGGUUGUGCUAGGCAAAGGUAUCCAUGCCUGUUCAAUAAAAACGCUUUAUGAUGCUGAGCCUCGCGUUUGUGGUGCGCUGCUUGAUAUGUAUGCCAAAUGUGGGGGUAUUGAGGAUGCCCGCUUGGCUUUUGAGAUGGUUCCCCAUGAUGAUGUGAUACUUUGGAGUUUUAUGAUAUCCCUGUACGCACAGAGCAAUCAGAACGAGCAGGCCUUCGAGCUGUUCAUCAAAAUGAUGCGGUCUUCUGUGGUGCCUAAUGAAUUUAGUCUAUCAAGUGUUCUGCAAGCUUGUGCUAAUAUGCCCCUCUUGGACCUAGGCGAGCAAAUUCAUAGCAAUGCUAUAAAGAUUGGUCAUGAGUCUGAGUUAUUUGUUGGAAAUGCACUAAUGGAUCUCUAUGCCAAGUGCAGCGACAUGGAAAGCUCACUCAAGAUCUUCUCAUCAUUGCGGGAUGCCAACGAGGUGAGCUGGAACACAAUAAUUGUUGGUUACAGCCAGUCUGGUUUUGGAGAAGAUGCUUUGACUGUAUUCCGUGAAAUGCGUGCUGCUACAGCACCUUCAACUCAAGUUACAUACUCAAGCGUGCUCCGGGCUUGCGCAAGCACAGCAUCCAUCAAUCAUGUUGGCCAGGUUCACUGUUUGGUUGAGAAAUCCACAUUCAACAGUGACACUAUUGUAAGCAAUUCACUUAUUGAUUCAUAUGCAAAGUGUGGAUGCAUCAGAGAUGCUCGCAAGAUAUUUGAAACUCAGAAAGAACAUGAUUUAAUUUCAUGGAAUGCCAUAAUCUCAGGAUAUGCUGUUCAUGGACAUGUUGCACAGGCCCGAGAACUUUUUGACAGGAUGAACAAAAAUGGUAUUCAAGCUAAUGAUAUCACUUUUGUUGCUCUCCUGUCUGUCUAUGGUAGCACGGGUUUAGUGAGCCAAGGACUCUCUCUGUUUAAUUCUAUGAAGCUUGAUCAUGGCAUCAAACCAUCCAUGGAGCAUUACACUUGCAUUGUUAGGCUUCUAGGACGUGCUGGCCGUCUGCAUGAUGCUCUGAACUUUAUUGGAGAUAUCCCUUCAGCACCAUCUGCUAUGGUUUGGCGUGCAUUGCUUAGCUCCUGUAUAGUGCAUAAAAAUGUGGAUCUGGGGAGAUUUUCUGCAGAGAAGGUGCUUGAGAUUGAACCACAAGACGAGACAACUUAUGUCUUGCUAUCAAACAUGUAUUCUGCAGCUGGAAAUUUGGAUGAAGUUGCUCUUUUGAGGAAAUCAAUGAGGAAUAUAGGUGUAAGGAAGGAGACUGGUCUUAGUUGGGUUGAGAUGAAGGGUGAAGUUCAUGCCUUUUCAGUAGGGUUGGAAGACCAUCCAGAUAUGCGAGUGAUACAUGCUAUGCUAGAAUGGCUAAACCUGAAAACCCAUAGGGCAGGUUAUGUUCCUGAUACUAACGUAGUGUUGCAUGACGUAGAUGAGGAACAAAAGGCUCGCAUGCUGUGGGUGCAUAGUGAGAGAUUGGCUUUAGCAUAUGGGCUUGUGAUGACACUGCCUGGACAUCCAAUUCGGAUAAUGAAGAAUUUGCGCUCCUGCUUGGAUUGCCAUGCCAUAUUUAAGGUGAUAUCCAAAAUAGUCAAACAAGAAAUUAUUGUGAGAGACAUCAAUCGCUUUCAUCAUUUUGACAAGGGAACAUGCUCAUGUGGUGACUAUUGGUGAUGUUCUAUUGUCCAUUCAUGUAUUAAGGGGAGCUGCUCAUUGAUUUGCAUCACCUUUAGUAAUACUGGAUUGCUGAUUGAAAUGAUUAUGUUGAUGAUUUGCUGGACAUAAAAGAGCACUCUUUGUUCAGGUGAAUCAUGUACCAGGUUGGCAUCAAUCAGCAGGAUAAUUUGCAAAAAGAAAUGCUUGCUUGAUGCCUUGAUCUGGACUGAGCAAAGAUUUGGGUAAAACCAGAAGCUCGAAGACAAUUGUUACCGGUGUUCCACAAACUAAGGCUUGUGAAUUCGAUUAACAUUUCUGAAGAAUGCAAUCUCACCUGGACAAUGUUCAUACUCCAAGGUGCACCUGCCCUGAAGGAACUGGGCAUCAUGAUGUCUCCACUUAGCGAGGAGAAGGACAAAGGACUCGAGUGGGAACCAUCUGCAUCUAAUUUGAAACACCAGAGUCUGGCUGAGCUCAGAAUCUAUGGUAGGUUGAAAGCAGAAGAAAAAUUUGUUAGCUAUGCCAGAUGUGUCAUGGAAGCAGCGGUGAAUCUGGAGGACAUAAAACUAUAUAAGAAUCCAGUGUGUGAUAAUCGGAAGCACAAGGUUCCAAAGAAGUGGACAUGGAAGCAGAAGCAGGGGCAGAGCUCUGUAGGGGCAAAACAGGGCCAUGGCUCGCCCAGGAAUUUGACCAAUUUUUUUUUACCUAUGUGUCAUCGUAGCCCAGCCCAUUGACACUGAGCCCACGCACGCACAGGCAACAUCUCGUCUCCUCGUCUGUCUCACGCACAGGCCUCCCCAAUUCCCCAUCGUCUCUGUCCUCCCCAAUUCCCCAUCCUCUCUGUCUCACGCUCAUGUAGCCUCCGCCGACCGCCGUGGAGCAAUGGGAGCGCACCGGCCCCCUUCUCGCGGAGAAACCGCCGCGGCGACGCACGCAGCCCCCCUUCUUGCGGAGAAACCACAGCGCGACGCCCGCCGUCGCUGGGAUCUCGCCUCGCGCCCUCGCCCCUGCCCUGGUCUCUACCGCAGCGGCGCCGCCCAUAAAUCCAUAAUGCACCGACCACCAGUUCGUCGUGCGUGCUGCCGGCCAUCAAUUCCUGCCGUUGUUCUCCUAAUCUCCUCUAACUUCAAAUAGGGCAGCGCAUGACCUGACUCCUGAGCGAGCUCUCAUGACUUAGCCCCCAGCCCCUGCACAGACGUACAGUACAUGGGCAAUUUAAUAAGGAAUAGCCUGAUUCUUUUAUUUGGAAUUUUUUUUCAGUUUCAUACAUCCAGUGAUCAGUCCUGCUAGUGAAGUAGUGAUAAACUGAUAAAUACGUAAUAGCCUGAUGAUUUGAUCAUAUGCAAAUUGCAAUAUAGGUAGUCAUGGGCAAGGAAAAUCAGACUGAAAGAAGCAUUGAUUUGGUCUUUAAAAGAAAAAGAGAUGACAUAUCUUCUAGCUCAAUCUUGUGACAUGUCUUAUGAUUCAUAAUUUGGAAAAAAGAAUUGCUCUCCUUUAGUCUGGCCCGCCCAAUUGUUUCUUUCGAGCUCCGCCACUGAGCAGAAGUUGUCUCUUAGGAACAAAAUCACUAAGGGGAUGUCGUCUCUCAUCCGGAUGCACUUCCCUAGUAUAGGGCAAGUUUUUUCUUAGACAAAAAAUGCUCUUGCGCUCCAAGCUGCAGUUGAAAGAAACUGCUGUGGGAAAUUUUAAGAUGGGAGAAUCAAAUCCUAGCCGACAAUUGAUCGAGGGUGAAUUAGGCCAUACAGAAUACUAAGUAUGGCAAGUUGGAAAGGAAAUACUUUUUGACAGAUUUAAUGUUCGUCCAUUACCACUUCCCAUGUAGAGACUUUAUGCAUUAUAUGCAUGAUCGUCCAAAGCAAAAUAUGCCAU